AUGGACCCCGACUUUCUCAAAAACCUUGAAUAUUUCGCCACACCCAAUAACCAAACACCCACCAACCCCGACCAGGCCGGCGAAUCGUCCAUCGCAGCUGCCGCUCGCAAUGAGACCGAUGCUGCCUUCUGGGACGCGCUCGCGAAAGGCGAGCCAUCCUUGACCGGGCCGUCUUCCAAUCUGCCUUCCUCAUCAGUACCCUCUUUUGCGCAGUCCUCCACAGCGCCGACGAACCUCUCGUACCGGCCCGUGCUGGGCCAGGCCAAUAACAAACGACCGGGGCCUGGGCUUUCAAGGACAACACAAGGUAUAGCGAGCCCACGAAGAAAGGAAGGGCACGAGAAGAAGAGGACCAAAAUGGAUCCGGAUGCGGCAGCUCUAGAGUCGGUUGACUACUGGAUCCAAUUUGACGAUGAUGACGCAGACAACAACCUGGGUGGUAGUUUCGAAAUCGACUUUUCAAAACGGCCCAGUAAUCCUUCACAUUUCGGCAGACCACCAGCGCGGCUCAAUCCCUUGCCUACGACACCAGGGUUGGGCACCGGCCUUUAUGCAAACCCAACGUUCAGGGAGGAUGAUUUUCUGGACGAUGGCGCCCUCGACAAUGCGCUGUCUGAGGAUGAGGACUUUCUCGACAACAUGAAUUUGGGCGAGCAGCUAUCAACCAUUGAAACUCAGCCCCCAUCAGAAGUACCGCCUCGAGAGGGACUCUACUCAACACCAUUGAGCUGGGAGAAACCAGCCCCCGGCCUCAGAAUGAACCCGCUUUUUGGCCUCGGUGCGCCUAUGCUGGACCCCGAGCAAAGGCGAUUGCUCGCCAUUGCCCUCAACGCAGGAGGAUCCGCCAACAACAUUGCUUCCGGCUUCGGGUUUGGCAUGGGAGGUGACAUAGGAUCCGAGUACUCGAGCAUGGGCCACAUGGGAUCGAGUGCUGCGACAGCAAGCCUCAGCGAGAUCUCAAAGCCAGCCGGCGACGAGCCGACGAAGUCCAAGGGCAAAGGGAAGGAGAAGGAGGGCGAGACACCGAGGCCUGCGAAACAAACGAAGGCACAGAAAGUACAAGCCGCCAAAGCUGCCGCUGCUGCAGAGGCGGCAAAUGAGAAAGGGAAAUUGGGGGAUCGGACUGCGCACAAUGAUAUUGAGAGGAAAUAUCGCACAAAUCUCAAGGACAAAAUUGCGGAGCUCCGAGAUGCGGUCCCGUCUCUGAAGUCCAUGCCCGAGGAGGGCGACGAAGACGACGAUGACAGCCAGACCCGCGGAGCGCCCAAAGUCAGCAAGGUAUGGCGUCUCUGCUCCAUCAUGUGA